UCGGCCCCGGCUCCAAGUUGGUGAAGCCGCCGCCGCCGCCCUCACCCUGCAGCUCAGGAGCUGCCUCUGCUGCGUUCUCCCUCUCUAAAAUGGCCGCCACUGCCUCUGGUUCUUCCUCUGCCACCUCUGCAGCCUCGGGGCAGUCGGAGAGUAAGAAGAUCAGCGACCUGCGGGUGAUCGAUCUCAAAUCGGAGUUGAAGCGGCGGAACCUGGACAUUAACGGGGUGAAAAACGUGCUAGUUUCCCGGCUCAAGCAGGCAAUUGAAGAGGAAGGAGGUGAUCCUGAUAAUAUUGACCUGUCUUCGGGUGAUACUUCCAAGAAAGCAGCAGCCAAAAGCAAAGGUAAGAAACAAGAAGCAGAUGAACUAAGUGGAGAUGCUUCAGUGGAAGAUGAUACAUUUGUCAAGGAAAGUGAAUCAGAGAAUCAAGAGACCAGUGAUCCAGAUGGAAAUGAUGAACUGAAGGACUCUGAAGAAUUUACUGAAAAUGAUGAAGAAAAUAAUAAUUCCAAGGACUUGUCUACUGCUGAACAGCAUAAAAAAGAUCAUGAAUUAAAACAAACGGAAGCAAUACAAGGCAAAGAAAAAGACCUUGAAAAUCAGGAAAAUGAAGGUCAAGAAGGUGAAGAAGAUACCUUUCUUACAGUCCCAGAUGGUGAAGAAGAAGAAAGGGAAAAAGAUAUAGCAGGUUCUGGUGAUGGUACACAAGAAGUAUCUAAACCUCUUCCUUCAGAAGAGAACCUAGCUGAGGCUGAUCAGACAGCUCAUGAAGAGAUGGAAGGUAACACGUCUGUGAAAGAAGCUGAGGAUGACAACAUUUCGGUCACAAUCCAGGCUGAAGAUGCCAUCACUCUGGAUUUUGAUGGUGAUGACCUCCUAGAAACAGGUAAAAAUGUGAAAAUUACAGAUUCUGAAGCAAGUAAGCCAAAAGAUGGGCAGGAUGCCAUUGCACAGAGCCUGGAGAAGGAAAGCAAAGAUUAUGAGAUGAACGAGAGCCAUAAAGAUGGUAAGAAGGAAGACGGCGUGAAGGGUGAUGCUGUCGAGAAGGAAGCCAGAGAAAGUUCUAAGAAAGCAGAAUCUGGAGACAAAGAAAAGGAUACUUUGAAGAAAGGGCCCUCGUCUACUGGGGCCUCUGGUCAAGCAAAGAGCUCUUCAAAGGAAUCUAAAGAAAGCAAGACAUCAUCUAAGGAUGACAAAGGAAGUACAAGUAGCACUAGUGGCAGCAGUGGAAGCUCAACUAGAAAUCUCUGGGUUAGUGGACUUUCUUCUAAUACCAAAGCAGCUGAUUUGAAGAAUCUCUUUGGCAAAUAUGGAAAGGUACUCAGUGCAAAAGUGGUUACAAAUGCCCGAAGUCCUGGAGCAAAAUGUUAUGGUAUUGUAACUAUGUCUUCAAGUACUGAGGUAGCUAGAUGUAUUGCACACCUUCAUCGUACUGAACUUCAUGGACAACAGAUUUCUGUUGAGAAAGUAAAAGGUGAUCCUUCUAAGAAAGAAUUAAAGAAAGAAAGUGAUGAAAAAUCAAGUUCAGGCAGAAGUACAGGAGAUAAAAAAUCUACAACAAGUGAUAAAACUAGCAAGACUCAAGCAUCUACCAAAAAAGAAGAAAAAAAAUCUGAAAAAUCUGAGAAAAAAGAAAGUAAGGAUACUAAGAAAGCAGAAGGUAAAGAUGAGAAGGGUGAUAAUGGAUCAAGUGGCCCAACUUCAGAGUCAAUUAAAAAAAGCGAAGAAAAGAAACGAAUAAGUGCAAAAAGCCCAGGUCAUAUGGUAAUAUUAGAUCAAACAAAAGGAGAUCACUCUAGAUCCUCAAGAAGGGGUAGAUAUGAUAAAGUGGCAAGGAACAGGGAGAGAGCUAGUCAAGACAAAAAGAAGGACAAAGACUACAGAAGUCGCAAAGAUAUACUGCCUUUUGAAAAAAUGAAGGAACAGAGAAUGCGAGAACAUCUAGUACGCCUAGAGAGAAUACGACGAGCAGUGGAACUUAGAAGACGAAGAGAAAUUGCAGAGAGAGAGCGUCGAGAGCGGGAGCGCAUUAGAAUGAUUCGUGAACGGGAGGAACGAGAGCGCUUACAGAGAGAAAGAGAGCGACUAGAAAUUGAAAGGCAAAAACUAGAGAGAGAGAGAAUGGAGCGCGAACGCUUGGAAAGGGAACGCAUUCGAAUUGAACAGGAACGUCGUAAAGAAGCUGAACGUAUUGCCCGGGAACGAGAAGAACUUCGAAGGCAACAGCAACAACUUCGUUAUGAGCAAGAAAAAAGGAAUUCUUUGAAACGUCCCCGUGAUGUAGAUCAUAGGCGAGAUGAUCCUUACUGGAAUGAAACUAAAAAACUGUCUCUAGAUACAGAUGCACGUUUCAGUCAUGGAUCUGACUACAAUCGCCAACAGAACAGAUUUAAUGACUUUGAUCAUAGAGAGAGGGCCCGAUUUCCUGAGGGUACAGCAGUACAGUCUUCAUCUUUUGAAAGGCGGGAGCGCUUUGUUAGUCAAGGUGAAGGGAAAAAAACACGUCCAACUGCACGGAGAGAAGAUCCAGGGUUUGAAAGGUACCCCAAAAAUUUCAGUGAUUCCAGAAGAAAUGAGCCACCACCACCAAGAAAUGAACUUAGAGACACUGAUAGACGAGAAGUGCGAGGAGAUAGAGAUGAGAGGAGGACAGUGAUCAUUCAUGACAGGCCGGAUAUAACACAUGGUAGACACCCAAGAGAGGGUGGUCCAAAUCCUCCUAGGCAAACUAGUUGGAAGAAUGAAGGUGGCAUGAGCACGGAAAAACGAGACACAAGGGGUGAAAGACCAGAGAGAUCAGGAAGAGAAGUUUCUGGUCACAAUGUAAGAGGUGCUCCUCCAGGGAAUCGCAGCAGUGCUUCUGGUUAUGGCAGCAGAGAGGGAGAAAGAGGCGUGUUAGGAGAAAGAGGAAGUGGUGGACAGCAUUAUUCUGAAGAUCGACAUGUGGUUGAACGCCAUGGUCGUGAAACAAGUGGACCAAGAAAAGAAUGGCAUGGUCCAAGUUCUCAAGGCAGUGGAUAUCAUGACACAAGGAGAAUGGGUGAUGGCCGGGGAGGAGCAGGCAUGAUACCCCAGCAUACAAGUAACUCAUCACCAAUUAAUAGAAUUGUGCAGAUCACAGGCAAUUCUAUGCAAAGAGGAAGUGGCUCCGGAUUUAAGCCAUUUAAGGGCGGACCUCCAAGAAGAUUCUGAAAUCAGCUGCUUAACAUGGUUUCAAGAUAAUUUAUUGAAAUCUCUUGUAAACUUUUAACAGACAAGUCAGAGGACAAAUGACUUACCUGGAGUUUGAUCAAACUCCUUUUCCCCCCUUUUCUUUCUUUUUUAAAAACAUGAUUGCUUUCCUCAAUUUGAGAAGGUAUUUUAAUAGUUAUGUUGUAAAAUUUUAAAUAGUUUUGUGUAUCUUUUGAACAUUUUUUUUCCUUGCAGCACUAGAGUCCCAUUCAAGAAGCAAAGAAUAUUGGAAUGGAAACCGUAUUGUUUUAACAUUGUGUGAAUAUGAAGAGUAGUUUGCAACUGUGUAAUAGUCGUUUAAGUUACCAGCAUUAGCUCUGUGGUGUCAGGCUUUAGAGUUAGCUACUUUGUCACAAGAUACAUAUUUAUGACCUCCAUUUUGGAGGUUAUAUAAGCUAAGAAAAACAUCUGUCUAAUUUGUAGAAAAUAAAAUUGUUUCUUGCAUUUCUGAGUAUUAUGUAACCUAUUUUUGCAGAAGGUACUGUUACAUUAAGUGCAUCUGUGUAUCCUGGUAAAAAUAUUCCUUUUUGAAAUAAACCUUCAUAUUCUGUAUAGUU